AUGAAGUCCCUCGCUAUAGUGUUAAGCUUCAUCAGCUCAGUGUACGCGACAAAUAGUGUAUGCAGUCAGGGCGCCAACAAACUACUUGUCCCUCUUUUGAAAAACUAUCAACCGGCACAAAAGUUCUGUACCUCUAGGUACUCGAUCCCUGUCUCUACUCGGACAGUCACUGCGGCGGCCAUUCCAAUAACAACAACGGACAUCGUCUCCGCCACCACUACCGUCGUAGUCACAACGACUGUGGUUGCCCAGGGUAUCAGGCGAGCAAACACGACACCGGCUAUCAAUCCACCCCAGCCUGCGCAAGACCACGGAAGAGGUCUCGAAGAGCUAAAUAUAGAUGCACAAUGGUCGAGCUAUCUCAAGGAAGCUAAGCAGGUCGUGCAGACGCUCUGCUCAUACAUCGAGACACCUCGGACCAGCACCGUCACCGCAACACCAACGACUCUCGUCACAGUGACAGCGACCAAAGUCGUCACCGCCACCACCGUCGCCACCGUCGCUGCUCGCGCCUGCCCGACCUCCACCAGCUCCUUUGCUCUCUUCGCUUCAGCCUCGAACAGUUUCGCAACAGUGAACUCGGCGACUCAGAAUCGUUUCUCCAUCAACCUCAGGUCCACUACCGCUGCUGGCGCUGCACAGUUCUUCUUCACAGACUCUUGCCGUCUCAGCGUCGUGGGCUUGUCCUCAGAGCUCAGCGUCGUAGUUGAUUUACCUGGGCAGUUUGUCUAUUACCACUUCGUAUGGCUAACGGAUCCUACGAUGGCUCAAACAUAUGAUGAGGCUCCAGUCGCUUGCGUCGUUAGUGCGGAUCUAACGUUGACGUGUAGUGUGAGGGACCAAAAUGUGUUGCAGCUCUUUGGAGAUCAGUUGAGUAUCGCCGCGUCAAACGAAGGUACAGCGUCGUCUUUUACGUUAGUGCCGGUAUAG